GCUGACAGACCGCAAGUGUUUCUCUUUACGCGUGGUCGAGAGUUGUGGUUUUUCUCAGUGAAAAACUGCAUAAAAUUACCAGCUGUUGCUAUUAAAGUGUUGAUAAACUUACUCUCUAGGAUCUGGAGAGUCUAAUUCUUCGGCACCAGUGAAAAUCCAAGUGUUGUAGUUGAUUUUGUGUCGUGUUUCUUACGCGCUAAUAGAGGUCAAAAGGACUUUCAAAUCAGGCAAUUUUCCCGGAGAAAAAUGUACAAACAAAGUGCCAGAAGACUCCAAAGUCUCCCCAGGGAAGAGAUCCGGGCUUUUAUAAACUCCUUUGACACUGUCCUUACGGAUUGCGAUGGAGUCAUUUGGUUGUUCAAUGAAGCCAUCCAGGGUGCGCCGGAAGUCAUCAACAAAUUCAUUGAGAUGGGCAAGAAGGUGUUCUUCGUCACGAACAACUCAACCAAGACCAGAGAUGAGUUCCUGGUGAAGGCGAAGACACUGAACUUCAACAUGACACGCGAUGGAAUCAUCUCAACGUCCUAUUUGGCUGCGCAGUACCUGAAGCACCAGCAAUUCUCCAAGACAGUGUUCGUGGUGGGCAGCCAAGGAGUCGUGCAGGAGCUGAACGCCGCUGGAAUCAAGAAUAUCGGAUACGGGCCGGACGUCCUGCAGAACGGCUUGGCGAGCUUCGUGAACGAUGAGAUGAAGCGCGAUCCGGACGUGGGCGCCGUCGUGGUGGGCUUCGAUGAGCACUUUAGCUUCCCGAAGCUCGUGCGUGCGUGCAGCUAUGCUGACGACCCACAGUGCCUCUUCCUGGCCACCAACACGGACGAGCGUCUGCCGCUGCCGCACUGCGUCAUUCCCGGCACGGGCAGCAUCGUGCGGUGCAUCGAGACGGCGGCGGAGCGGAAGGCUUUCGUGGUGGGAAAGCCGAAUCCGUACAUCUGCGAGGCGCUCAUCGCUGAGCACGGUGUGAAUCCCGCCAGGACGCUCAUGAUUGGCGAUCGGUGCAACACAGAUAUUCUCCUGGGCGCCAAUUGUGGCUUCCAGACGCUCCUUGUGGAGACGGGAAUACACAAGGAGGCCGACGUCCGGGCGUGGCUCAACUCCAGUGAUCCCGAGGAUCGAAAGCUCGUGCCUGACAUGAUCGUCACUAAGCUGGGAGAUGUUCUAGAAUACUUACAAUAGGAGAAA